GACGCUCUGGCCACACUAACACGCUUUGGCGUGCGAUUAAGACUGUUUUUUUUUUGUAAAAGCCGGGUUUUCCCAAGAUGGAUCUGGUGGAGCUGCUGCAGCAGGCCCAGCGCCUGACGAACGAGACCAAGAUGGACACGGAAAUGCCGCGCGUGGAGCGGACCAUGUCGCAGGUGCUGCAGGCCACGCAGGAGCUUCAUGCGCGUGUCACCCAGACGGGCACCAACGAUCUCCAGGCCCACAUACUGCUCGGCUCUAAGGGCGUGGAUCUGCCAAAGCUGACGCAGAAACUGGAGACGCUUAGCGCACGCCAAUCCUUCGAGCCACUCGAUCCCGUCGCAGACACCGAUGUGCAGGGUUAUUUGAAGAACGAGCGUGAAAAUGCCAUACUGUCUGUCAUCGACGAGACAAACCGCAGUAUUUUCGAUUCCGUAGAGCGGAUAAAAUGGAGCCGCGUCUACGGCGAGUGGGGCGAGGAAAAGGAGGCGCUGCUGAACGCCCUGGUGGGUCCGCGCCAGCAGGACUUUCCCGACGUGCAGCGCCAAAUGGUGCCCACGGCCAUGGCCGACGAGCCUAGUCCGUUCUCCCGCCUGAAUAACAUCCAGCAGCUAUACGCCAAACAGAUCGUCGCCUACAACGAAUCGCACAUCCAAGGCAGUCAACGCGCCAAUUUAGUGUCGGCCUUUGCCCAAUUGGCCCAGGAGUCCUUCGACGAUUCGCUAGUCGCCGAAAUGUGGGACGUGUUGAAGUACAUGGCUGUAGUGACGCCUCUAUCGCGCAACAUUGAUCCCAUCAAGAGUCGCCAGACGGCUCCGCAGUUCAUACAGCAGGCGCGCGCCUAUUUGGAGCGCAGAUACAAGAUCUACAUGAACAAGGUUAUCGAGCAGAAUCUUGUGCUGGCCCGACGCGGUGGCAUUCCCAACGUGUACAACUUGGUUGGCUCGUAUGUGGGCGUCAUCUUCCAGCAGCCACAAUCCCUUUACGGUCUGCACGAUGUGAGCAACGGUCGUCCGUUGUGGCCAUUGGUUUACUUCAGCUUGCGAUCCGGCGAUAUGGGUGCCGCUGUGAAGUACCUCAAGGAAUCGGGAACCUGUCCCGAACUUCUCAAGCUAAUGACACUGCAGAAGCUGGGCGAUACGGAUACCUCGAAGGCCAAGAUCGAGGGCCAGCUGAAGCUUGAGUACAACAACAAGCUGCACGUCUGCACAGAUCCCUACAAAAAGGCGGUUUAUGGCAUCGUGCUGGCCUGCGAUCCGAACGAUUCGCACCCGGAGCUGAUGCGCAGCAUUGAUGACUUUCUGUGGCUGCAGCUCUCCAUUCUGCGCGGCCAAGACAAGCGGGACUACAACAUCGAGCAGCUGACCUACAGCGGACUGCAGUCUCUCAUUCUGGACAAGUACGGCGAGAACUACUUCAAUGCCCGCGAAAAGGCGCCGCUCUACUUCCAGGUUCUGGCCCUCACCGGACAGUUCGAAGCAGCCAUCGAGUUUCUGGCCCGCACUGAGGCAAAUCGCCCGCACGCCGUUCACAUGGCCAUUGCGUUGAAUGAGCUGUGCAUGCUGGGUGCACCGCGUUCCGUAAAACAGCCGCUUCUGAGCUCCGAACCUGACGAUCCACCGCCAAUGAAGCGUCUAAAUCUGGUUCGAUUAAUUGUCAUGUACGCCAAGUGCUUUGAGCAAUCGGACACCGAGCAGGCGUUGCAGUACUACUAUUUGUUGCGGCACUUCAAGUCCGAGGACGGCAUCAACGUAAUGCUGAGCUGUGUGUGCGAUCUGCUUGUGGAGAACUGCGAUGACAAGAUGCUGGAACUAGUCUUUGGUGUCGAAGAUGAGUGCAACUCCUUCCGCUUCACUGGCGGCAUCUUCGCCGAGUUCCACACAAUGGAUUACGACAAAUACUCGCUGGCCGGAAUGGUGGGUGAUGAGCUGGCGCGACGCAGCAACUAUGAGUCGGCCAUUAAGCUCUACUUCAUUGCCGGCCAUCUGGACAAAACGCUGCGUUUGGUGUGCUCUCUGCUCUCCCAGGUGGUCCAUCAGCCAUCGCGACCGGGAAGCAUGAGGGAGCGGCUGUGCAACGUAACUAAGCGAUUGGAUGCGGCGCUGGCCGAGCGCAAAACGGAUGUGGAGGCCCAGGUGAUGGUAUCUUACACGGUGCUGUCGCAGUUGAUGGACUUCUUCGAUUUCUAUCACGAGGGCGAGUAUCGUUUGGCAUCGGAGAUCCUGUCCAACAACCGGCUGAUACCCGCCAACUCAUCCGAAGUGGACGAGUGCGUGACGAACCUGAAGCGAAUGGCUCCAGAAAUUAUCAAGGUGCUACCCGACAUUCUGCUCGCAGCCAUGGACAUCGUCUACGAGGAGUAUGUGAGCCAAAGAGGUUCAACCGGAUCGGGUUCAUUGUACGGCGAUGAAUCCAAGAGUGAAAACAAGGAGGCCGUCCUGAGGCACUUGCGCAUCAGGGCAAAGGCACUGACCAACAUGGCGGCUAGCGUUCCCUACCGAAUGCCAUCGACCACCAACCAGCGGCUCGUUCAGUUGGAGAUCUUAAUGCACUAGCCGAAUUAAACCCUUCAUUUAGCGAUCGUUUUGCUUAAAUGCGUCUUUUUUGCUUGUUUAGUUUAGAUUGCACAUUUGUUUGAAAGACAUUCUUUGAGUUACAAGUUAAAAAUACAUUGCGCAUCUAUAGAAGUUUCUCGCGAUUGAAGAAGUAUACUUUAAAGCACUCCGAAAAUUAAUUGUAAAUGCUUUGGUGUUCGAAAAGAAUAUUUGUAACAGUUUUUAGCUGUGCUCUUUGUUUCGGCUGAAUUAAUCCAGCAAUCAGUUAAAUUAUUAAAACAACAUUGCCAGUUAAGAAUAAAGUAUUUUAUUGCAUUAUUUGAGACACCGUUGCUAUUGCUAUGAAACCUCAAGAGGUCUCAGGAACACCCCAGGACAUUUAAAGAACACACAUUAAUAUAUGAAAAUAGUACUGCCAACAAUUGCUGCAAAAGCAAUAACAAUUGUCGAAAGCGUUCAGGAAUCUAUUACAUAGUUUUUAACAGAUCCGCUUGGAGAUCCUCAUGCACUGCCAUGAACAUAAUAAAAAGAAAGCCACUAACUUAGCGAUCGUUUCGUAUAAA